CGCAGUGAGUGAGGGGGUCGCGGGACCGCGUCAGGGAGUGAUCCCAGCCUCGGCCGGAAUCUGCUGGGAGCUCCCGGGAUCCGGCCUCGUCGACGCGCCGCGGGCGGGCCCCGCACUCUCCGGCCUUCUUGGGCCGGCGCCGAGCGGGUUGCUGCGGGGAGACGCGAGCCAGGCACCAUGAGCGUGGGCUUCAUCGGCGCCGGCCAGCUGGCCUGUGCGCUGGCGCGGGGCUUCACGGCGGCAGGCAUCCUGUCGGCUCACAAGAUAAUGGCCAGUUCCCCGGAAAUGGACCUGCCCACGGUGUCGGCGCUCAGGAAGAUGGGUGUGAACCUGACCCGCAGCAACAAGGAGACCGUGAGGCACAGCGACGUCCUGUUCCUGGCCGUGAAGCCGCACAUCAUCCCCUUCAUCCUGGACGAGAUCGGGGCCGACGUGCAGCCCAGGCACAUCGUGGUCUCCUGUGCAGCCGGGGUCACCAUCAGCUCUGUGGAGAAGAAGCUGAUGGCCUUCCAGCCGGCCCCCAAAGUGAUCCGCUGCAUGACCAACACACCUGUGCUGGUGCGGGAGGGUGCCACAGUGUACGCCACGGGCACCCACGCACUCGUGGAGGAUGGCCAGCUCCUGGAGCAGCUCAUGAGCAGUGUGGGCUUCUGCACCGAGGUGGAGGAGGACCUGAUCGACGCCAUCACGGGGCUCAGCGGCAGUGGGCCUGCCUAUGCAUUCAUGGCCGUGGACGCGUUGGCCGACGGCGGGGUGAAGAUGGGUCUGCCGCGGCGCCUGGCGGUACGACUGGGGGCCCAGGCCUUGCUGGGAGCUGCCAAGAUGCUGCUGGACUCGGAGGAUCAUCCAGGCCAGCUCAAGGACAACGUCUGCUCCCCUGGGGGGGCCACCAUCCACGCCCUGCACUUCCUGGAGAGUGGGGGCUUCCGCUCUCUGCUCAUCAAUGCGGUCGAGGCGUCCUGUAUUCGAACACGAGAGCUGCAGUCCAUGGCUGACCAAGAAAAGAUCUCCCCGGCUGCCCUGAAGAAGACGCUCCUGGACAGAGUGAAGCUGGAGUCCCCCAUGGUGUCCACGCUGGCCCCCUCCAGCACAGGGAAGCUCCUCACGAGAAAUGUGGCCCCCGGGGACAAGAAGGACUGAGGCUGCCCCUGCCUCCCCUGUGCCCCAGAGCCUUCGGGCCCGCCCCGCCAUCCUCGCUGCGCUGUGCAGGGAGGGGCAGGGAGCUUGGAGGUCUUCAUGGUGAAAACUCAUACUGUUCAGACUGAGAAGCCCUGCUUUCCCGCUGUGGUGUGGUGUGGUGUGGUGGAAGCUCAGACAGCCCUGCACACCUCCUACCGCUGGCAGGGUCAGGCAGGGCCCUCAGGGCUUCACUCCGUGAAGUGAGCAACCUAAGAUGAUCACAGUUAGUCAGAGGGUAUGGAGCUAGACCAUGCUUGUAUUUGACUCUUGCUUUAAAAAUAUACCAUUGGAGAAAGGCUACUCCUAAAUUUAGCUGCUUUAAUAAAGUUUAUUUUUCA